UCGUGUCAUUUGUGAUGCGCAUUUCACACUGAAUGCAAAAGCCACAACGCGCAUGCGUACAGAGUUGCUCCAUAUUGGAAUCUAAACGAAUUUGACGUUUUUCUCUUCGUGGAAAAUUCAUAUUUCUUCUAUUCAGCUCGAUUUUGUCAGCAGAAUAAAAGUCAUGGCAAACAGCCUGACGAAUUCGACGAAAUUGAGGAGCAGAGAUUACGCGAAUAAAGUUAGACACGGAUCGCCACGGUUGCAGGAGAUGUUGCGAGAGAAAUGUCGUCAGAGAAUGCGAGAGAGACGGAAUCAACUGUUCAACAGACAUAGAUUUGGUUCUGAACUCAAUUCGAGACACAUACAGGAUAAAUUGACGGAAAUAAUACGCGAAGAAAUAAAAAAUCUAACAUUAGAUUGGAAAGAGAAUAUAUCUCAAGAGACAGAUGAGUUUUUGACUGAGGAGCAAAUGUUUGAUUUGGAAAAUGAAGUUAUUAGAGAACAAGAGCAAUGGAUGCUGCAAGAGUAUGAUAGAAUCUCGCAAGAGGAAGACGAAUAUCUGGCAAUAUUGGCUGAUAACGAGAGCAAUGAUGUGACCUGUCCAACCUGCCAGAAAGCUAUGUUAGCCGAAGAAAGUAAUUGUCUGACCUGCGCAGCUUGCGGACUGAUGUUGGCCGGUCGUACUAUGCAAGAAGCGAAACGUUUGAUCGACAAAUGUGUGUAUGAGCAUGCAACCAAUUGCAUCAAAACGCCAACGUUCACAGUAAUAUCCGAGAGUGGUAACAUCAAUUUGUACAUGGUGUGUUACGACUGUUCUACUUUAGCAUUGAUUUGCUGAUUGUCUACAAUUAAUUUCGGCUAGCUUUCUGAAGCAAGAGCGAAGUCGUUAAAUAGAAAUGCAGAACAUCGAUUACGUCAAUGCGCUUUGAAUAGAACAUGACAUUUUGUUACUGUGUGAUUUGUAUUAUAAGUUAAUUUCAAUGUGUUCCUUAAAAUUUGUACGAUACAGGACUCUGUCCAAAAAAAUGUUGCUUGACUUUAUUAUAGAAUUGUAUUAAUUUAUGUUGUGACUCGUUCAACUUAAUAGAAAUCAAUUAUCAGAUUUGUCUUUUGUCUCGAUACAAAUAAAUUCAGGAAAGAAUAUUUCGAUGUUUACAAAAGAUUGUAUUCAUAAAAUUGUAUAUACACAUAUAUAUAUGUAUAUUUGUACUCCAAUUUAUUUCAAUUGCCCCGCAAUUGUAUCGCAGUCAAUUUCUCAGCAUAAUCAUUGAUAACGGUCAAAAAUGAAAAAAAUGUGAUACGGGUAUAAAUAAAAUAAAAUACAUCAAUUCGGGUUUCUUCAUAUGUUGUAACAUUAAAGUAAUAACAGUAUAUGAGUCUUCAUGAUUAUAUGAUACAUAUUGUACAAAAGAACAUCCCUUUCGCUGAGUUCGCUUAUAUUACCUAUCACUUACACAUGUAUAUACACGUUGUAAGUUAAGUGAGGGCGUCUGUAUAUCGUGUCGUGCGUAAAAAGUCUUUUGAACAACGAAUCAUUUCAGAAUACACGUGAAAACAACAAUUUAAAGAAACAGAACAUAACACCUCCUCGGAGUAUUGGACGUUUCGUUUUCCGUAAUAUUUGACUGCACACUGCAAUUCACGCUGCAAUAUGCAGAAGCCCUCCGUAGCUUAAGCUCUAUUCGGUAGAGUCAAACCUUUUUGUAAAUGAUUUGUACAUUAUCACAUGAUACUUCCAUAUUAAAGAUCUUAUAUUGCAUAACGUUGUAAACAUAAGUGUUACGUGUUUGAGCAACCCCCUUUUUAUCGUCCAUGCAAUCAUCGCCCUAUGUGUAAUUCCUUCUGCUGACUCGACUGUGCAGGACAAUUCGACGGCAGCGCAAUUUAUCAAAUGCUAUAUCAGUAUGAUCAAUAUAUCGAUAGCCUACGUGUUCAAAAGUUACUUGCAUCUUUAUACCUCAAGUCACGCCCUCCAUCAAGUUAUCCCUUUCAUAAUUGUCUUCGACUGCACUCUGUCGGAACGAUGAGUUAUGGCACUGAUUUUCGUUACAUCUUCGACAAUAGGAUACAAUUGGCGGCAUAGAAAUAUUUUGGUAUCACGUAACUUUUAGUCAUACUUACACGACACUGUAUAAGUACGGUAUAUACGUAUAGUUGUAUUAGAACAAAAAUAAUUUAAUAUUCGAGACAUCUUUCAUCUUCGCUCGACGUAAUUGUAUAAUUACGAAAAAAGAAAUUUUACGGGCGUCUGUGCAUCUCCGCCUUACAAUUAAUAAGAUUUACGAUAGCUGUAAAUUAACUUUCUAUUAUCUUGGAUGAGAGAGAAGUUUCCCAAUACGGUGUGGAGUGAAUUUUAUCGUACUACGAAAUUUCAUAAACUUUGUAGAUAAGCAUUGUGAGCAUUAGAAAUGUUAUACAAUUUUCAUUGUAAAGGUAUUGAUUAUAGAAUUAUUCUCUCCGACUUUUGGUAUAGCUGUAAGAUAGCGCAUACAUAAUCGCGCGUAAUAAACGUGGAACUACACAUGUAAUUGUUUUCUUUCAAAAUAAUUACCUGCGAACGAUUGUGCGCGGCCAUAUCGAUAGCUACAUUAGUACAUAUUUUGGUGUAUAUAUGGUGAUGAUUGGUGGUGGCGGUGGUGUGAUGGUUAAUAUACACGUGUAUUUAAAUAUAAAACGUGCCUUAUAUAAAUCCGUCACGAUGGAUUCUCGCAACUUCAACGUGACGUUUUGCAAUAAAAAGAGGAAUUGCA